AUCUCUACGUUGUGGUUGGCACCUAUCGCGAUGUGACUUGUCAGCCUGACUGCAGGUGAUGCAACUUGUAGUGCGUUAAGUGGACAGAGAGGCUUGCGGGAAGGGAUGCCGGCGAAAUCAAGCCAGUGUUCGGAAUAGAUUUCGGUGUGUACAGUGUCUCGAUUUCCGUGAGCGCGUUCCUAGUGAAGUGUUGUAUAUCGAUUGCUGUGAAAACGCCUAAUGCCCGGCUAGGCAGCUGCAGUCACGAUGUAAAUUUUCUGAUGACAGAUUUGAAUUCAAACUUUAAGGAACUUUAUUCUGAAUCAUUACAGUCGUACAAAAAUUAAUCGAGGCAUACGCUGGCAAAGGCAGUUAAUUUCAAUUUAAACAUGUCUUCGCGUAGGAUGAACGAUGCAGAGUGAAAUGAUGAUCGUAUAUUUGGACGAAGCUGUAACCUGCGCCCAUCGUUACAACGGCAACGUCAGAGCGUAUUAAUAAGUCAAGUAAAAUAAAUAAAGUAAAAAUAAACUGUGCCGAAAUCAUGGAUUUUACCAGACUAUCUUCCUCAUCGACAUCGCGACAAACCGUCGGCUGAGAUGAAUCCGUUACCGCGUGUGCAAUGAUCUCUCAUCAGAGAACUAACCGGGGACUAUGUAAUGCCUGGUUGAACCCCGUCUUCACGGGUAAAGUGCUGCGCGGAAGAGGUUGGCUCUGAAGAAAACGUUAGCUUAGGGUAGCGAUGAGUGGAGAGACGGAUACCUUGGAACUCGAGGUUUUCGAGGUGAGGGAUGUCAGUGUCGGUGACUGCGGUGACGCGAAAACGGGCAACGACGUCGGGACGCCGGAUCCUGACGAUGAACGGGGCUGCGAACGAAGGAAGAAGAGAAGACGGCGACGAACGAAGGGUAAACAGCAGACCCCAACGCCCCACAUUAUCGUGAAUCUCCCCUCGUCAUCCGACGAGGUCGAACCAGCCGGUGAAUGUUCAAAGAGAGAUAGCUCGAGCAGUCUGGGAGGCACCAAGCACACAUCCUUAAGAGAGUCUCUCCUUACUGUUCUCGGGAAGCUCGCCGUCUGGAGAGGAACGGCCAGGUAUCGCCAAACGCCAACGUCUUCUUCAGUGCCCCCAAACACGCCGCCUGCCACCGAGUGCAUCGGCCGAAGUUCCGCAUUUUUUUCUAGCGAGACGGAGAGGAGAAUUCGCGCGAACAAUCGGGAGUAUAACUCACAAUUCCACUACGCGAACAACUACAUUAAGACGUCCAAGUAUUCAGUUCUGACGUUUCUCCCGCUGAAUCUGUUAGAGCAGUUCCAGCGGCUAGCUAAUUUUUACUUCCUGUGCUUGCUGGUGCUUCAAGUGAUUCCUGCUAUAUCUUCACUUACCCCUAUCACCACAGCCAUACCUUUGAUUGGAGUGCUUAUGCUCACCGCCGUGAAGGAUGCCUACGAUGACUUUCAACGACAUACAAGUGAUUCACAAGUCAAUAACAGGCGGUCACAGGCUUUAAGGGACAGAAGUUUACGAGAAGAGAAAUGGGCCCAGGUCCAGGUCGGAGACGUAAUUAGGAUGGAAAACGAUCAAUUUGUUGCUGCCGAUGUCCUGCUGCUAUCGACCAGUGAACCAAACGGCCUGUGUUACAUAGAGACUGCAGAAUUAGAUGGAGAAACAAACCUGAAGUGCCGGCAGUGCUUAAUAGAAACUGCUGAAAUGAUGGACAACAACGACUUAAUUGGCCAGUUUGAUGGUGAGAUUGUAUGUGAAACUCCAAACAAUCUGCUAAAUAAGUUUGAAGGCACGCUUCUUUGGAGAGGCAAAAGAUACUCACUGGACAAUGACAAAGUGAUCCUAAGGGGUUGCGUAUUGCGUAACACCCAGUGGUGUUACGGGGUUGUAAUCUUUGCUGGCAAAGAUACGAAACUCAUGCAGAACUCAGGGAAGACCAAGUUCAAGAGAACCUCGAUAGAUAGACUGCUGAAUCUUCUGAUCAUUGGAAUAGUGUUUUUUUUGUUAUCGUUGUGUCUAUUUUGUAUGAUUGGUUGUGGAAUUUGGGAAAGCCUAGUAGGACGCCAUUUUCAAGUUUACCUGCCUUGGGACUCGCUUGUGCCCAGUGAGCCUUUGGGUGGUGCAACAGUAAUCGCGUUGCUAGUUUUCUUCUCAUACGCGAUAGUCUUGAACACAGUGGUACCCAUCAGCUUAUACGUUAGUGUUGAAGUGAUUAGAUUUGUUCAAUCGUUCUUAAUUAAUUGGGAUGAAGAAAUGUACUACGAGCCAACAAAUACGCACGCCAAAGCUAGGACCACAACCCUAAAUGAAGAGCUUGGUCAGAUAGAAUAUAUAUUUUCAGACAAAACGGGUACGUUAACGCAAAACAUAAUGACUUUUAACAAGUGUUCAGUAGCUGGCAAGUGCUAUGGGGAUAUUGUCGACGAGACAACUGGAGAAAUUAUCGAGCUGAGUGAAACAGAUAGAGCUGUGCAGACCCCAAGACUGCAAUGGAGCAAUGGACAAGAACUCGUUCGGCCAAUUUAUUCGCCUCUUAAUGGCGUUAACGCACGACUUCUGGAUCAAGCUGACAGAAUAUCGAGCACAACCCCGGAACCCGUUAUCAACGGUCAACCUAGAACUGCACCUUCUACUUCAACUUCGCCGCCAUUGGAUUUUUCAUUCAAUGAAAACUAUGAGCCGGAAUUCAAGUUUUACGAUGGUACAUUGUUGGAAGCUGUGCAGCGAAAUAAUCAAGAUGUGCAUAGUUUCUUCAGGCUUCUAGCGCUAUGUCAUACGGUAAUGCCUGAAGAGAAAAGUGGCAAGUUAGAGUAUCAGGCACAAUCGCCUGAUGAAGCUGCGCUUGUUUCCGCGGCAAGAAACUUUGGAUUUGUUUUCAAAGAACGAUCACCUAAUAGUAUUACAAUUGAAGUGAUGGGAAAUCGUGAAGUGUAUGAGCUGUUGUGUAUUCUCGACUUCAACAAUGUGAGAAAAAGAAUGUCCGUCAUUUUGAGGAAAGAUGGCCAACUGAGGCUGUAUUGCAAGGGAGCGGACAAUGUGAUUUAUGAAAGAUUAAAAAAAGGCAGCGAGGAUAUCAAGGCCAAGACACAGGAACAUUUGAACAAGUUUGCUGGCGAAGGAUUAAGAACAUUGUGUUUAUCUGUAAGAGACUUGGAUGAACGGUUUUUCAACAACUGGAAACAGAGACAUCAAGAAGCUGCUUUAAGUCUCGAGAACAGGGAUGACAAAUUAGAUGCCAUUUAUGAAGAGAUAGAAAAGGGCAUGACUUUAUUAGGCGUCACCGCCAUUGAGGAUAAGCUGCAAGAUGGCGUUCCACAGACUAUCGCAAAUUUGGCCUUAGCUGGGAUUAAGAUAUGGGUUUUGACUGGAGACAAACAAGAGACUGCGAUCAACAUUGGUUAUUCUUGUCAGCUGCUAACGGAUGAAUUGACAGACGUAUUCAUAGUAGAUGCGACUACGUUUGAUGGCGUUGAAGCUCAGUUAACAAGAUUCCAAGAAGCAAUUAAGACUGCAUCAAACCAGCAAAGCAGGCCAGCACUCUCCAUUGUCACAUUCAGGUGGGACAAGGAAAGCAGUGAGACCGAGUACAAUGCCAACAGAGAUGAGGAGCUCGACCAAGCGGAAAAUUCAGGUUUCGCGAUUGUUAUCAAUGGGCAUUCACUGGUGCAUGCUUUACACCCGCAGCUGGAGCAACUCUUUUUGGAUGUUUCAAAACACUGUAAGUCUGUUAUAUGUUGCCGAGUAACGCCUCUUCAGAAAGCGAUGGUGGUUGAAUUGAUAAAGAAAAGUAAAAAAGCAGUAACCCUGGCGAUCGGUGAUGGAGCAAAUGAUGUUUCAAUGAUCAAAGCUGCUCAUAUCGGCGUUGGGAUCAGCGGGCAAGAAGGAAUGCAGGCUGUUUUGGCCUCAGAUUAUUCUAUUGGACAAUUUCGGUUCUUAGAGAGAUUAUUACUUGUCCAUGGCCGAUGGUCAUAUUACAGAAUGUGCAAAUUCCUUAGGUACUUUUUUUACAAGAAUUUUGCCUUCACUCUCUGCCACAUUUGGUUUGCUUUCUUCUGCGGCUUCAGUGCUCAGACUGUUUUCGACCCGAUGUACAUCUCCGUCUAUAAUUUAUUUUACACAUCAUUGCCCGUCCUGGCAAUCGGCAUAUUCGACCAAGAUGUCAAUGAUAAAAACAGUUUGCUCUAUCCGAAACUGUACACACCUGGGCACCAAAAUUUACUAUUCAACAAAAAAGAAUUCUGUUGGAGUGCACUACAUGGAUUCUUCGCUAGCUGUGUAUUGUUUCUAGUGCCCUAUGGAACGUACAAGGAUGGAGUAUCGCCAAAGGGUUACGUACUCUCUGAUCACAUGCUGCUGGGCAGUGUGGUAGCAACGAUAUUAGUCAUAGUUGUAACAGUGCAGAUAGCUCUCGAUACGUCUUACUGGACAGUGUUUAACCACAUCAUGGUUUGGGGCUCUCUUAUUUGGUAUUUUAUACUCGAUUACUUCUACAACUUCGUUGUCGGCGGCAGUUACGUGGGUAGUCUCACUAUGGCGAUGUCAGAAGCAACAUUUUGGUUCACAACUGUGAUAACGUGUAUCAUCCUGGUGAUACCAGUGUUAUCGUGGAGGUUUUUCUUCAUCGAUGUGAGGCCAACUCUUUCAGACAAGGUCAGACUGAAACAAAGAUUAGCCCAAUUGCGCUCGCGUCAAAGUCAGGACAUUAUGCGAACGCCGUCUACACGACGUACGCGAAGAUCUCUACGUUCUGGAUACGCGUUUGCACAUCAAGAAGGCUUCGGCCGUCUCAUUACAUCCGGGAAAAUAAUGCGAAAGCUGCCGAAUAGCUCUGACUUCAGAUUCGCUAUGCCGUUUACAAAUAAUGUAUCAAAACAAGUUAAUGUCGCGACCACUUCACCUAAAGAUAAUUCGUCUAGAAAUUCGAAUACUAUAGACACUAUUAAUCUGUGAGUUAAUUUUCUGUUUCUAAUUGUCCAAUACUCUUUUUAGGCAAUAUUCAAGUAUGCCUACACUUAGAAAAGUUUAUUGAGGGGAUGGUCAGAUGAUUUUCGAAUUGGAACUACAUCUGAGUUUGUGUGGAUACAGAUAUAUUGCAAAUGUGUGCUUGAAAACUUGAUUCUUUCAGUUCCAAAUUUAUUCUCGUUUCAACAUAAUUUUUUUUAUAAAAUACUGUGAGAUCUCAAAGGUAACCGAAAUAUUAUUAUCUGGUAUUUUCUCAUUUAAUCAUGUGUUCAAACAUAUGGCAGCAGUAUUUAUCAAAAACUAAUAGAGGAAAUAUUUUCCACUAAUAUAGGUGUUGAAGGAGUAAUUGCACGAAAUUCAUGACAUUUUUGAAAGAAGAUUAUUUCUUUUAGUGGAAAUAUUG